AUGGCUACCGUUGCCGCGCUAAGUAAUGGACGCGCUAGUUUGAUCAAACGCGUGGAGGCUUUAGUGAAUCUAUCGCAACAAGCCAGAGUCCACGAAACUGUACGAGGAGAGUUUUUUAUUCGAGCUGCGGACUUAAACCAUAUUGUUGCCCAGUUUGAGCAGCGACAGUUGCAAAUUGUCGAAUUAUGCACCACCCCUGAGGAGCUAGACGAACAAUACGAGGUGCAAUCAAGAUUUGACGAUAUGCAGUAUUCAAUUAAAUCGGUUGCAGCGGAAUUAAAUCGCGAGGCCGCGCAGUCAUCCGCACCCAGGGGCAAUUUAACAUCAAACAACGUCAAAUUGCCCAAAAUUCAAAUUCCGACGUUUGACGGUCAGAUCAAAAACUGGCCCACAUUUUAUGAUUUGUUUCGGUCGCUUAUCCACAAUAACCCAAAUCUUAGCGCAAUUGAAAAAUUUCAAUAUUUGUCGACGUCAUUGUCUCGCGAGGCGUCUACCGUCAUCAAAAAUUUGCCGAUUUCGGCGGCAAAUUAUGCUAUCGCAUUCGAUGCGCUGGUGGCGCGUUAUAACAAUAAGCGCGUAUUAUUGACAAAUUAUUGGCAAGCGAUCUAUAGUGCACCCAAAGUGAAUGGAGAUUCGCCGAAUUUGUUGCGAAAUUUGUUAAACGUGUUUUCUGAAAAUUUGGCCGCGUUGAAGCAGUACGAUGAAGUCGAUUUGUGGGACUUCACGUUAUUAAAUUUAAUGUUGCAAAAACUGGACACCACGUGGAAACAGAAAUUUGAGUUGAGUAUUGUAGGAAAUUCCGUACCUGCUUACAAUGACCCCCAAGAAUUUUUGCUUAAACAUUGUACCGCGUUGGAAACUUCCGUUAUGACAAUGGGUCAUAAUUCCGCAUCCGCCCUUCGUAAACCCACAGCUGCAUCUUCCGUACCUGCCAAGCGUCCCGUGACGUCAUCGUUUGUCACGCGAUCACCAAUCAACAAGGAACAAUGUCUUAAUUGUUCGGAUGAGCACCCAUUAACGAAAUGCGAUGCUUUCUUAGAAAUGGAACCACGGGAUAGACAUACUUUCGCGCGUAAGAAAAAUCUGUGUUACAAUUGUUUGUCGAGGGUGCAUUCGGUUAGCAAAUGCCCAUCUAAAUUAAACUGCCGGGUUUGUGAUUGUAGACAUCACACGUUGUUACAUUUUGUCCCCAAACCUAGCGCCGAGCCGGAAGAGGUGUCAGGGAUCUUUGGGGACCCAUCGGUCGACGACGGGGUCAAAGUAAUGACACUAAUGACUAACGCGAUCGCGACCCAUAGUUUCACUUUGUUGGCGACCGCGCGAAUAAUUGUGGUGGAUUCGCGAGGUAAAUAUCGCGCAUUUAGGGCGCUUUUGGAUACUGCGAGCGAGGCCACCUUUGUCACAGAGCGGUGUGCAAAGGUUUUAGGGCUCCCUCAAACUAACGCGGUGGUACCAAUUCAAGGCUUGAAUCAAAUGUCGUCAAGCAGUACGUCGGGUGUAUUGAAAUGCGAAGUGAGGUCACAUUUAGUGCGUAACUUUUCAUUGAAAGCUGAAAUGGUCGUUGUGCCUCAAAUUUGUGGUGACGUUCCCACAAGGGCAGUGUCACAGGAUCGUUUGCGACAAUUUCGUCACAUACGUAAUUUGAAAUUAGCUGACCCGGAAUUCGGUAAGCCACAACAAGUGGAUGUCUUGUUGGGUGCUGAUGUUUACGGACAAAUCGUGACAUCCGGCUUCAGGAAAGGUGGGCUCGAGAAACCGUCCGCGUUAAAUACUGUUUUCGGGUGGGUACUGAUUGGGGGUGUUAAGCGUAACAAACAACAAACCGCGGUUAGGUCCUUUUGUACGUCCAUAGACAACUCUGUAGACGCGGCAUUAAAACGCUUUAGGCAGCGUGAGCAAGUCCCACAACGCAGUAUGGUGGCCCCGCAAGACGCUUGGUGUGAGGAAAAAGUCACGUCGUCGAUCGCAUGUGACAUCCAGGGUAGUUACCGUGUUCAAUUACCUUUCGCCGACACGACGCCAUCCAUAUUAGGUCGCUCGUCCGACUCAGCAGUGCGCCGUUAUCUCGUCCCUGAGUCGCGCCUCUUUGCGGCCGACCUAUUGUCAUUUGCCCGGGAAACCCUCAAGGGUGUGUUGAACACACACAGGGUGUGUGCGUGGCCCGACUCAAGAGUAACGCUAACGGGAAUUAAGUCGCGGCCCGGUCAUUGGACCACUUUUGUUGCAAAUCAAAUCGCGCCCAUACAAGGUAUAUUCGAACCUUCGGCAUGGAAUCAUGGAAGCGGCCCUGAUAACCCAGCCGACUGCGCCUCGAGGGGGUCACUCCUACAGGAGCUUGUCACACAGCCGCUAUGGUGGGCGAAUCCCACGUGGUUGGCAGGCACUGAGUGGCCUCUACAAGUAGACCUAGAAGUUCCUACCGGUACGGAACUUGAAUUACACAGAAGGGAAUUGCAUCAUGCGUUGUUAAUACCUGUGCGAAUGGUACAAAGUAAAGUGUUUGCCAAUGAAAUUCGUUCAUUGCAAAAGAAUGGCACGUGUUCAAAACCAUUCUACGAAUUGACCCCGUUCCUCAACGACGGUUUGAUUCGCGUCACCGGAAGAUUGCACCAAACGGAACUGCCCUAUGAAACUAAGCACCCCUUGUUGUUGCCGCGCUCGCACAGUCUAACCGAACUAAUCAUAGAGGCCGCUCAUCGGAAACAUUUACAUGUCGGAUUCCGGAUAUUACAGUAUUUGUUAUUGCAAGCAGCGGCCGGUAACUGUACCUUCAAAUGGCAUUUUAACCCCCCGUCGGCCCCCCCUAUGGGAGGAUUAUGGGAGCCGGGGGUCAAAUCGUUCAAAUCCCAUCUUAAGCGCGUUGUAGGCGAGCAACCCCUAACCUUCGAAGAAUUUAGUACCGUGUUGGCGCAAAUUGAAGCCGUAUUGAAUUCGCGACCCCUGUGUCCCGCCUCCGCGGAUAAUCCCGAUGAACCGUUGGAGACAAUGUGGUUAAAUCGGCUAAGUAGGUGGCAGCUCGUGCAACGGUUGCACCAGGAUGUUUGGCAUAAGUGGAACACGUCGAAUAACCUGCCGUCGGUAUUCAAGGGUGAUUCGGUGGCCCCGUUGCAAUGGCAACUUGGCCGAGUUGUCGCGCUGCACCCGGGAAAAGACGGUAUAGUGAGAGUUGCACAAGUACGUACCACUUGCGGCAUGAUCACACGUCCUCGAGUGAAGCUGUGCCCGCUUCCUCGUCAAUAG